UUCCUGCUCAAUUGUUUCCGGCUGCAAACGGAUUAGCACGUAACGAAGUGAACGAUUGGGGAUAUAAUAUUCAGGCGGAUCAAUUUGUGUUGAGCCGCCAUUGAGUUGGAAAGUGAAAAUUGUGUCUCCAGGAUACGUUGCGAUAAAAAUACUACCAGUGAAAAAUAAAAUUUCACAACAGUUUAGUGUUUUGUGCUGGUUGAACGAAGUAAUCAAAUCAGAAUUAUCCAACGAGCAAACGUUAGUGACGCCGCAGUGUGUAGUAAUUAAAAAAAAAAAACUUUGCUCGUCAAAAGUUUUUCUAUCGGUUAGGAUAUUUCACAACGAUCGUGGAAGCGGCUGCUGGGAAACUUGAAUAAACAAUACAGUUCAGAUUAUAAUCUGUUGACAUCGAUCUAAGACUUCAGCAUAAGGCGACAUGGCGAAAUCAUUUUUGAAGUACUUGACCCACUACCGGAACAACGAUAAGAACAUGGCAGAUCAGACCACCGGCCGGCAGCUGCAACGAAUUCUGCACUACUCAGUGACCCCCUGCCGGCCCUUGCUGGGGCUCCGGCGCACCGAAUGUGCAUUAUAUGAUGUCGACUGUGAUGAAGUUUACCCUAGGCUGUACAUUGGCGACGUAGAAUCAGCCAGAAAUAAGCAGUAUUUACGAUUGAUUGGAAUCACACACGUGCUGAACACGGCGGAAGGAACGCGCUUCGGUCAGGUGGACACCGGUCACAGCUACUAUCGGGACAUGUCGGGCGUAAGAUGCACUUUCAGGUACAUGGGCUUCCCCCUGGUCGAUCAGCCAUCGACCGACAUCAGCCGGUACUUCUACAUCGCGUCCAAGUUCAUCGAGAACGGAAUCAAUAGCGGAGGCAAGGUUCUCGUCCACUGCAUGAUGGGCAUGUCCCGUUCGGCGACCUGCGUCCUGGCCUACCUGAUGAUCGCCCGCAAGAUGUCCGCCGCCGAAGCGAUCCGAACGGUGCGAAUGCACCGGGACAUCCGGCCUAACGAGGGCUUCCUGCAGCAGCUGGCCGAUCUGGACAACGAGCUGAAGCGGGACCGACUGUACUAUUGACUCGAGUGUGGCCAGCGUUUCCGGAGGAAAUAGCGGUCCCGCACGAAUUGAAUUCCCCCUACUCCCCCCGUCAGUCAGUCCCCAUCACCUUUCUCAAUAAUGGUUUUGAUAAGCACCGCAUAAUCUCAUUUCUCAUUAUUGACAGGUCAUUAAAUGGCAAAAUGAUAAUAAUUUAUGUAUUCAUUUGUAUGCAGGCGGGUUGCGUUGGAAACGAAACAAGUUCAUAAAGAAAAGUAGAUUCGGGGUGGAUUUAUGAGGUUUUCUACGACUUAGCAGAGGAUUGUUAGUAUACAGACAUAGAGGCUUAUAGUUUUUUCGUUGUUCAGCGUCAGAAAUAUGGAAAAGGAACAUGGAAUGAUCUCAUCAGCUUCGUACAUCACCCAAACAAGAAAUAAGCGAAUCAGAUUCAUAAGAUAUAUUUAUACACAUUUAUAUAUGUACUGAUGUUGGCGUGAUUUAUUUUGGUUCCAUUGGAAUCCAGUGUCUCUAGCUGGCGAGAGACAAAACUGGAAGUAAAUCAUCACGAACAAAAAGAUAUUCAAACACGGCACACAAGACACACUCACAAUCGGAAAACUUUCCAUCUUUUUUUUCACAGCGAUUCCUGAGAUUCAAAAUUGAGGAUUACAAAAUAUUUCCAGGACCGAUAGUUUGGUAUAUUUGAAUAACUUCACAACUUGUAUAAGUUUAAUUUGUGUCUAACUAGUCUUAUUGAAUGAUGGUGUGAGUUAUUACAAAGAAAAAUCACGUAAAACUUUUACGAUUUAAAUAUUUUCGGUCACAAAUUUCAAUCUCCGGAAGCGCUUUCUGAAGUAGGGAUGGAAGGUAUUUACCGAUUACAGCGAACCAAGCUGAAACGACAUUAAACCACACAUGCAAAAAUAUAGUAUUUGAUAUCUGUAAUCCUGCCCCAGUCCUUUAUCCCCAUACAGUGACAUUUACUCGCGUUUUUACAAUUGAUACGGGAGAGGUUAGCAAAAUUUCCCGAAAACGAAUCUUCCUAGAAGCAUGCAGACAGAACCCCAGGAUUGAGCAGAGACAAGCCAAAGAACAGGAAACGAAUCAGUUGUUAAACACUGUCGGAGCAUAUAAUCAAAUGAGCAUAGAAGGAUGUGAUUGUGACGGGUUUUAUGGGUCUGAGCGAUUUGUUGUUUUAUCGGAUUUUUUAGGAAUCAGAUUCGUGAGAAAAGCGGUAGGGAGUUAUCGAAAGGAAUAAGAUUUGUUUAGUAGCACACCAAUAUAUUCUAUAUAUACAAUACCAAAUACACAAACAAACCAAUAUUACCCAUGUGAGAGAUUUAACAAAUGGCAACAACACACAAGUGAGGUUUUAGAAAUGAUAAGCAAAAGUUUCAAGAUAGAAAUCAGAAACGUAAAAGCAUAUAUAUAUUGAAUAAAGAAAACCCAGAGGAGAACUCAUUAGUCAUUUUAUUAGAUCGAAUAAAAAUUAUAUGAGAAAAAAAACAAAACACAAACGAUUAACAUGAAUAGCAUGAAUAAAAAAAAUAUAACACAAAUUGAGAAAUCGUUCAA